CGCCGCCGUAAGGUCAUUGCCUUCGAUCUCUAUGGCACCCUCCUCUCUACCGACUCCAUCGCACACGAGCUCGCCAAGCACUAUGGCGAGGAGGCCGCCCCGGGCAUUGCAACACUAUGGCGCCGAUUCCAGCUCGAAUACACCUGGCGCAUCACCAGAAUGGGCGAGUUCAAAAACUUCCAAGAGAUCACCCGUAGCGCCCUCGGUCACGCUCUCAUGGAGCACAGCGGCAUCAAACUGACGGCCAAAGCUGCCUCUGAACUGAUGCGUGCCUACGACUCGCUACACGUCUCAUCGAGAUCAUCAGCCUCGUCAUCCUCUUCAUCAUCACUGCCCGAAAUUGACGCAUACAUUUUCACAAACGGCACGUCCGAGAUGGCGAUGCGGUCCAUGGUCACCUCCCCCGAGCUGUGGCUCCAUACCAAGGCGUCGAAGCGCGGUCUGUUCAGUGAUCCGGGCAGUAUCGUGUCUGCCGACUCGGUACAAUGCUACAAGCCAGACCCGCGGGUGUACCAGCACCUGCUGGAUGUCGCUGGCGUGCGCACAGAGCAGGACAAGCGCAAUGUCUGGGUCAUCAGCGCAAACCCGUUUGACGUGGUUGGUGCCAAGGCAGCGGGGCUUCGGGCGGCGUGGAUCCACCGUGCCGGGAAAGGCUGGGUUGAUCGUCUCGACGAGAUGAGGGUCCCUUCAGUCACAGCGACGGGGGUGGAUGAGGCUAUCAAGGCAAUCUUAUCGUGGAAUUGA